CAAACUCAAGGGCCACCUCCCUCUCUCGAGGCCGAAACAGGGCCAUUUCUUCACUCUCUCUGCAAAAUGCAGAAUAUCGCUCCUGGUAUAAAUACUGAGCCGUGGCCAAGACCGAUCACACUUGAACACACAAGCUCAACAUGUUCAGCAAGAUCCUCGCCUUCUCCGCCCUCGUGGCCGCUGCCUCCGCCGGUGUUGUCGCCCCCGCGCUGACCACCUACGCCGCCGCCCCCGCCUACUCGGCGUACGCUGCCCCCAUCGCCCGUGCCGCUUAUGCCGCCCCCGCCUACGGCUAUGCCGCCCCCGCCCUUGCCCGCGCUGCCUACGCCGCUCCUCUGGCUUAUGCCGCCCCCGUCGCCAAGGCUGUCGUUGCCGCCCCCGCCCUCGCCAAGGUCGCCGUCCCCGCUGAAUACGAUGCCAACCCUCAGUACAGCUACGCUUACUCCGUGUCCGACGCUCUGACCGGCGACAACAAGCAGCAGCAGGAGAGCCGCCAGGGAGAUGUUGUCCAGGGCUCUUACUCCCUCAUCGAGGCCGACGGCACCCGUCGCAUCGUCGACUACACCGCUGACCCCAUCAACGGAUUCAACGCCGUCGUGCACAAGGAGGCCGCCGUCGCCAAGGCUGUUGUCGCCGCCCCCGCCAUCGCUAAGGUCGCCGCUCCCCUGGCUUAUGCCGCCCCCGUCGCCCACGCCGCUUAUGCCGCCCCUGCCUACGGCCGUGCCUACCUGGGUUAAGUGCUCAAAUCAGAACUGUUGGAGAUUAAUUUAUUUUUGAGUGAUAUAUUGUUCAUUUUUUAUGUUUUCGUGGUUUCAACACCAUGGUUGUACAAGACUUACAUACAAAGUGAAUAAAUGGAGUAAAAUACAGAACAGA